AUGAACAAGGAUAAAGUAGACCCCAUAAAAUCAAGACCUAUGACUGUCCUUAGCGAAGUGGACAAUCUACAUACACCUACACCCCUGCCACGCGAAGACUUCAAUGAGAGAAAAAAGCGACUUGAAGCUUUUAAGAAGAAAAAAGAGGCAGAGAAGACAAAAUCAAAAACAGGUAAAGUCCGAGUACCUAUUUUUGAGCCGCUUCGACAACAGCCGCAAUCAGGUCAAGCUGUACGAAAGCCUGUGGUCAAACAACAAGUUUCGUCUGAUGAUGCAAGAUAUAAUAAUUCCGAGAACACGAAUGUGAAACAAAGUAAAAGUGAACACCCAAAAAAGGGUGCGAACGAGAGCCAAAAAGAAGCAACCUCAGUAGACACUAGAAGUAAUGCUCAACCAUCACAGAUACCUGCCUCCUGCGUGACUCCUGGGCGUUCUCCGAGACACCUCGGCAUAACUGGCAAACCUGUUCGUCUUUUAGCUGCCGAUACUGAUGAUGUGCAAAAUGACAAGUCGACUAUACAAAAGAUCCCAAAUAGCCAAAAGCGAUUCGGCCGACCUGUCGACUCAUCUAUAGCAAUUUUGGCACCAAUAAAACUAGACUCACCGGUUACAAUAAGUCCACAACGAAACGCGAACCAAUCUUCAAGUACUUCUGUAUCAACGCAAAAGAACGGGGUGGAAACACCAAAUACGGCUCGUAUAAUGACCGCCAGUCGCAUCCCUCGGUCUGCUGAGUCCAGGAACCAAGAUAACGAACCAGAUCGUCAAAGUAGCUACACGCCCACACCCAAGGCUAAUCGAGUGAGAGUCAUAUAUCCCGUGACAGACAAGAGACAGAUUGAGAGUUAUACGGUUCCAUCCCCCAAUGCGGUUUGCGUGAGAAAUCCGCAGGCCAUCGCGAAGGAUGCAGUUCAAGACGAUAUUCCAACUCCUCAAACGCCGAAUAGACUAGAAUCAUUAGCACGUACACCCCGGUCUGCAGUAAGGAUUGCAAACCCACCUUCGAAUUUGUCAACAUCCAAACAGCCUAUCGCGAAGGAUGGGAUGCAAAAUGAUAUUCCAACAACUCAAACGCCGAAUAGACUAGACUCAUUAGUAUGUACGCCCCGGUCUGCCGUAAGGAUUACAAAUCCGUCUGCGAAUCGGUCGACAUCCAAACAACUUAUCGCGAAGGAUGGGAUGCAAGAUGAUAUUCAAACGACUCAAACGCCGAAUAGACUAGAAUCGGUAGCAUAUACACCCCGGUCUGCCAUGAGGAUUGCAAAUCCGUCUUCGAAUUUGUCAACAUCCAAACAGCCUAUCGCAAAGGACGAAAUGCAAAAUGACAUUCCAACGACUCAAACGCCGAAUAGACUAGAAUCGUUAGCAUAUACACCCAGGUCUGCCGUGAGGAUUGCAAAUACGUCUUCAGUUCCGUCGGCAUCCAAAAUUUUCAACGACACGCAUGAGUUACCAAAGUCGCUGAAAUGGUUGACAGACAGAAUAGAACACACUCCAAUGGAAAGUACACCAAUGCGCCCCCAAACUAGUGAAAUGUCUACUCAAACGUCGCCAUCUCUGAUGACGUCUUUGAUUCAGGAAAACUCUACUUGUCCUGAUCAGCAAAGUGAGGCACCCGGGCCAAAACGAUUGAGAUCUUCAGAAAAGGUACUGAUGGACAGGCCGUUAAUAAUGGUAAUAACUGAUUCGGAUACUGGGAUGAUUGUUAACAUGGAGAUUCUGGUUAAAGGCUUUGAUAUAGCUGAAUUGUCGAAAGAGCUCAUGAAUGAGUUGUUACUUAUAAAGCCAGCCGCCAACAAUUCCGUCCAACAAAUGGUGGAUAAUUUAGCGCAUACGCCCCUUGCUACAACUAGACAUUUUGCUACACCUGGGCCUCUUGCUACGCCUAGUUUCUUUAAAGAUAGACUGCUACCCAUAGAUUCUGGCAUGCAAACACCGGUAAGCAAGACAGUAUCCGAAUUGCAGUGUUCCGACAGGAGAUUCAGGGAGAGCGAACUUUCGCUUGUUUUCGAGUACGAGAGUCCCGGAUUCGAACGUUAUGGGAAUGAAAUGGAUACCAGAGAGGAUGUAGAAGAUGCGAUAGCUCGGCUCCCCAAGCCAAGAAACUUUGAUGCGAUUGCAAGGGCGUUGGAGAAAUUGUCGUCCGACGAAGCCAGGUUAAGCACUGAUACAGACAUGAAAGAGGUGAAAACAGAGGAAACUACAGGAUCGACAAUAAUGGUCUUGACGCCUGUAAAAGCGAAAAGGAAAGAUCGAGAAGAAUUGGGAGUUUCGACGGUUAUUACACCCGUUAGACGAUCGGCUCGGGUCCACAAGAGAUUUACUCGCGAUGAAGACAUGGAAAGCGAUGGUGAACGUCAAAUCGCCAAGCUUCUCGAGGAUAACGGUUAUGCCUAUGUUCCUAAUCCUGCAUUACUAGUUGAACCGCCACCCAAAAAAGCAUAUAGAAAAAAGGACGUUGAAUAA